AUGGCUGACCUCCUACACCUGCAGACUGUUGUUGCUGCUGCCGCUGCUGCUGCUGCUGCUGCUGCUGCUGCUGCUGCUGCUGCUGCUGCUGCUGCUGCUGCUGCUGCUGCUGCUGCUGCUGCUGCUACUGAUGCUGCUGUUGCUGCUGCUGCUGCUGCUGCUGCUGCUGCUGCUGCUGCUGCUGCUGCUGCUGCUGCUGCUGCUGCUGCUGCUGCUGCUGCUGCUGCUGCUGCUGCUGAUGCUGAUGGUGAUGAUGAUGUUGACGUCUGUCGACGGGACUUGUCAAUCUUCCAUCUUCAACAUGCUGACAGCGCGCACAGAUGCGUGAGUGCUGAUACACGACUGUCCGAGUGUGCUAGUAUAUUUUCACACAGGUGCAUCUAAGUGUGGUUCAGAGGAAAUGUCAGGGUGCGCGCCACGCCAUCGCGCCCAACGCCCCCUCCCCCCCGGCUCGGCACAUAGAAAUAAACACGAAAAUGAUCUUAAGCCGGUUCGGACAGGAGCGAGGGAGAAUGGUCUGUGACUGGCCCGCCCACGGACAUACAUGAGGAAUAAAAAGAGAUGUGAAAUUUGCCAAAAGCUGACAUGCAUACGGACACGGGGUCGCGCAAACAUGCCUGACUGUUGUUGUCAGGUGGCGCUGAUGACGGACAGAAAGGAAGACUGGAAGGGGAGCGGGGGAAGUGGGGGGGGAGGGCAGGGAGGUGUUAACAGUUUCACUGGCACAAGUCGACAGCCCUCUACGCCAGCAGUAUCAGCAGCACUGCCACCGAUGCGAGUUGCAAAGGCACGCAACAAGAGACAGGUGUGUGUGUGUGUGUAGAUGCGCACGUACACGAAAAAAUCAGGCUAACACCACCUGGGGAGAGAAAAGGCUUUGCGUUCACGCUAGAUGGAAGCACACGGGGAGAAGGUGUCCCAUAAGUGUGUAAAAAUCAACAGUGGCUGCUUGGCUUGUCCUUCGCUGGGGCACAGGCAGGCUGUUUGUUUUGUAUAUGACGUCCAGACCUCAGUUUGGUUAAGAAUUAAUGACGAUGUCUGAUAUACCAGAAACGUGUUUUUCAGUAUAUGUAUAUAUAUGCAAGGAGAAAAUCCUUCUAUCAUAUCACCUCGGAAUGCAACUAUUUCAGUAAUUCAUAUAUAUAUAUACAUAUAUAUAUAUGACAGUAGGCGCUCACCGAUCAGGAUGCGGAACAUGCUCGUUCCGUUGUGCCUUGGGGUUCAUACUGGAACCCUCGCAGGCAAUCGCACAGCGACUAGUAGUAGACAUAGAUGAGAUGGAUCCGACAAAGACAAGGGAGACCGGAAUGGCCAUUUCUGGCUUAUUAGCCGUCAUCAGCCAAUCAUACCCAACCCCAAGUGUGGAUCACUUGAGAUUCGAACCCGGGAUCUUUGGUCAUGGAGUUUGACGCCAAUAGAUUGGUGUGCGCCCUUUCCUGAUUGAAUAUAUAUAUAUGUAUAUUCAAUGACAGGUGACGAGGCAAUGAUGGACUUCGGUUCGAUGAAGCUCUUAUGACCCAUCUGGUAAACCCCAGUGGUGGACAAACUGCGCCAGGUGCGUCUGUGCCCAUGUUUGUGUUUCUGAUUCCAGUUGCUGGUCAGGGUUAUGAUUGGCUGAAUGAAGGUCAUGAGUGCUUUAUCGAACCGAAGUCCAUCAUUGCCUCCUCACUUGUCAUUGAAUAUACAAAUAUACAUACACACGACGAAGGUAUUAUACCUAACUCACGGCAUAGGUACUAGCUAAAAGCCUAGACACGUAUUCCGCUGACAGUCAGCCGCUGCGUGAUACAGCUGCGAGGGGUUCGGCUCCUCAGCGGGCCCCCUAG